CAAGAGAUAUACCGUAGCCCUACCAGAAAAGCACAAAACAAAACCGUUCUUGUUUCUGCUUCAACUUUUGCCAGAAUUCGUGUUUAUAUUCCACGGAGCUGUUUUCCCCUCAUUUGGCAGAAUGACUGCAAGGCCUAUACUGGGUUCGGUCUUGUUUGCACUCGGCAAAGGUCUAGCCUUGCGAUCGGCCGGCAAGAUUGUCCAAAGUGGGUCUGCGAUCUCCACAUCUAUGAUGUCAUCAAUCAAACGUAUGAAGAACAAAGGAACAGGUUCAACUUCAACACGUGGAGAUUCGAGCCAAGCCCGAAGAAUUUGCUUGACGGCAGCUAAACUUAUCGCAAGGAUACUUCUGACGAAAGCGAUGAUGUCAUCGAAAGAUAUCGUGAAAAAGUCUGGCUCAAUGGGGGAAAGCAUCGACGCUAAUGAGCUCCCUGACGUGGACCCGGAGGUACAAGCGAGCCUCAUCAAAAGCAUCAUGGAGAGUGGCUGGGGUGCAGCGGCUUUUGCUUCUGAUAAAAUCAAAGGUAUGCUCCCAGACGUGGAACCGGAGGUGCUUGCGAACCUCAUCAUAACGAUCAGGGACAGCGGCUCGGAUGCAGCAACUUUUGCAACUGAAAAGGUCAAAGGUGUGCUCCCUGACGUAGAACCGGAGGUACUAGAGCUCCUCGUCGGUAUUAUCCUGGAGGGUGGCUUGGUUGCAGCGAGCUUUGCUUCUGAUAACAUCAAAGAUUAUUUGCCAGACUUAGCUGCAGCGACUCUGGCUCUUGGUGGCGUCUCUAUCGCACUCCCUGCCAUCGGUGCCGGCGGAAUAGCGGUUGGAAAAUAUACUCUUAUCAAAGUAACUGUAUCAGCAAUUCUUGUAAUGGGAAGACAUGUUUGGAAUUAUUAACAAAAUUUACCGAGCACGAAGAUUACAGCAGCCUCGACACUGAGCUGGCCAUGUUCACAGGAAUUGUGGCUUUUUGUGCUUAAUUGCCUUUGGUCGAAAUAAAAAAAAAUGUUUAGCGUCCCGCCUUUAAGGAAAAGAAGGAAGAUGCGGCCUUUUAUUUUUCCUUCAAGAUAACUGCCCGACCGGGCUAAGUGUCCGCCAGGUUUUGUUUACAUGGCCGCCAUUGGACUCCGAAAAUGACAUAGCAGCUUUAUUUGGGUUAGAUGCAACAGAUAAAGAGGCCAAAAUGAUGUCACAGUUGAAACUUAUCAUUUUUUCAUGUAUCAAAA